GCCACAUACCACUCAGUUAGCAGACCAGCGGCAUAGAAGUGAGUUGUACAUUAUUCAUGUGCUUCGAUCUUCUCUUUUCCUUGAUAUUCUUGGGUGCCCUGCGCUAGCUGUGUGCAUUUGCACUGGUAAAAAGUCAUUGACUACGAAUACUUUCCCGUUGAUAUUUUGACCCCACUAGCACCGCCGAUGACCUUCGAGUGUGGAUUCCGUAGUGGCUAAUGAUAUGAAACUUGGCACUGUGUUCACUCAUGGAGGAAGAUCCUCCAUUUUGUCUAGUGCCCAUUGCAACUUCAAUUUGCGCUGCCGAAUCUGCAAGUGAAGCUACCCUACUUUACAUCACGCAUGCACGUUUUGCUGUUCCGACCGUACCGUGUACGCACCAGGAAACUAGCUGCUCGAGGAGAACACAUCUUUUGUAUGAACAUGGGAAACGUUGCGAGAAAACGCCAAAAAGGAACAAGCCCGGAGAAGGUAACCCAAUCGCCCGAUGAGGCUGCAUGUGAACAAAGAUCAGCUCAAGAAACCCACCAGGCUAACGCUCCCGAAUUUGGGGGCCCCAUGUUUCUCCCCAACUUUAAAGCUGUCGGCGGGAAAUUGGUGGACUUUGAUGCGGACUUGAACGACAUAGAUGGCCAGUACGUCCUUCAAAACGUCGCCAAAGACGGCUUAGCUUAUUCCGCGGGUUUCCGGACCGGCGAUAAGCUGUUUCAGAUAAACGGCACGAACAUCGAGGGUUUUGGCAUUGAAUUCAUUCUGGACCUUCUGCGCACAUUUCACGGAUAUCAAGUGCCUCAACUGAUGCUGGCUGUUGAGAGAAAACCUGAGAUUGCUGGCGAACCGUCCUUGUUUAUUUGGGUCAUCUUCAAGGUGGUUUGGCAAGAUGGCAUCCCAAAGAUCGAGGUCAUCCAAACGCUUGAAAACGACACCGACGAGAUGCCAUUCAUUGUCCUUGGCCCGUCAUUUGCCUGGCGAGGACCACCGGUCGUUGCAUAUGAUAUUUACAUCGACGGGAAGCAACAGUUGUAUCUCAGCAUUCAGAAAGACAAGGUUGUGUUUACGACUUACAGCAAGCAGAGCAUCUUCCAUGGGUACUCGUACUACGGUGGCCAACCUCGAAGCGGCAACGUGUUGGCCUACUCCUUACAGCCCCUCAAGCCCAACAAGAAACAGCCAGAGAGUACCACACCAGUGGGUACCGCUGGCAAUACUGUAUCAGCUAUGGAUUUUCCCAAGUACAUGCUUAACAAGAAGGAUAUACCAACGGAUCCCCGCUUCUGGUACCAGAAGCAUUACCAGAAUGGGUUUUCUUUAGAGAGCGUUGUGGCAAAAGGAAUGUAUCUGGCAAUGGCUCCUAAUGGUGAGGCCAUGCUGUCCACGAAACAAACCGAACUUAAGGUGAACAAAAGUAUGACGACGGCUAGCAAGUGGGAACCUAGCUCACCUGCAAUGACGAAAUAAGAUAUUUUAUUGCCUGCUAUAGUGAAACCACAGGCGCCAUUUUUUUUGACUGAAGUGUUUUCUUUUUACUAAAAUAUUUUUAUUUAAUUGUUUAUUUUACAAACAUAUUUUCUUUACCAAAAAUAACCUAUUGCUAUGUCUCUUUACGUUUACCCUGAUGGUUAACGGCGACAAACUGGAUAUAUGAUUCUUAAAUCUAAAACAAUGCAUUUUGGUGGUACUUGGACGAAAAUGAACCUUUAACUUGGAGGCCAAGUUAUGGUCUAGGAUCGGUGAGGGAAAAGAAACACCACGCUCUUGCCAAAAGUUAUGUUUUAAGAGCUCCACUUAUUAUUAUAGUUCGAUCUAGUCAUAAUCAGAAAUAUCGUGUAUUCUACAAUUUCUUCCCGUGAAUUUGCGCACAAAAUGUAGUCUAGCCUCAUCCAAAUGAUAUUUCAAACAAUGAUUGUAGAUGUAGAAAUUGCAUUGUUAUACCUGUCUUGAAUACUGUAUUUUCAUUGGCUUAGAACGAUCACGUGUUGAGUUUGUAAAAAGUCAUGGCACACGCUACCUGUGGAGUGUGCUAUGACUUUGUGCGUACGGUACGUAUACGGUGUAAAACGUUUGUAUCGUUGGUACCCACGCUAUUUUCACCAUGUUUUUACACAUGAGUGGGAGCAGCGAACUAGCAGACGAUCAGCUGUUUCGAGCACGCGGCAGGCAUGUGAGUUGACGUUCGAGUGUCAUGAUUGCUGUGUUUACUGCUGUUUGUUUUCGUGAUUUUUGCAUCAAAAUAAAAUUUUUUUUCCAAGAUUCGCCUUGGGUGCCAUGCGGCCCUCGGGUGUUCAAAACGUCAUAUCCCACAUCACAGCAGUCAACCGUGAAUAAAUUGUUAAAUACAUGUAUAAAUAUUUCAUGAACAUGUAUUUUUUUUGUAAUCGGUUCCUAGUUUUUUUUUGCAAUAAUUAUUAGUUGCGAAAAGUCGGCAAAUUUAUAGACGGUAGAUUGUAGGCCCGUAAUUAAGGGCGUGCCAUCUUAUUAAGUUUAUCAUCGGCCUACAAUGAAUAAGUUUCAUUUUGCAUUGCAUUUUGUGCAGUCAGUUUUGUGGGAAAAAAACCCAAACCACUUUCCAUUUUUUAAACAAAAAUUCUUGCUAUUCUCCGAUAUACUGAGGGCGUUGUUGCAGGCUUUUAUGCAACUAAGUCAUAGGUGCAAUGCCAUAUUAAAUUGUCCUACAUGCAUUAUUGGUUUUGUCAACACAAACAUGCAUGCAUUGUGGCGUCCAGUUUAUUAAUCACGUUGCAUUGCUUUUGAUUAUAAUAAAGCGCAUUGCAUGGCUUGAAUUAGGAAAAAAAGUUUCGUUUUUAGUUGUGUUUUCAGGGAACCUGAAAAAAAAAGACAACUGGAAACAACACUCACUUGUGGGAAACUGUAUAUUGUAUUGUACAUUGCUUGGUGGCGCGGUAGUUCAAAAAGUGGAUUCCAGACAAAAUUGUUAAAUAAAUGAAGACGGAAGUACAAAGUACAUAGUGUAUCUGCAGUAAUAUGCAUUCUUUAAAUUCAAGUAAUAUGCUGUGAAAAAAAGUCGCCUAUGCCGUGUGUUUAUGUAGGCUAUUAACGACAGGCUCAAAAUAGUAACAGUGUUUGUUCCCAUUGUCAAAUAAAGGUGAAUUCCACCAAUUAAAAUGGC